CCUACAAUCGACGGGGUUAGGUUCUCAAGGCAGGCUAGCGGCGUCUGCGCUUGCGCAAUGUCCCGGCCCUUCUGUCCGCGGCGCUGAGCCAGCCGGGACGGACAUGCGCGGGACGGAGGCUGGCGGCCGUGCGGCGGCGGCAGCGGCGGCGGCCGCCGCGGCUCCGCUGAGGGAAUGAAAGCUUCUGGCUAACUGAAAAUCUCGGAGUUGCCAAAGCGUGGAGACAUCGAGGAUAAGGCACAAUGUCAUCAGCAGGAGUUGCUGCUCAGGAAAUCAGAGUCCCAUUAAAAACUGGAUUUCUGCGGAAUGGCCAAGCCAUGGGAAGCCUGAAGACCUGCUGGGGAAGCCGCAAAGGGUUUGAGAACAACUUUUUGAAUAUUGACCCAAUAACCAUGGCCUACAACCUGAAUUCCACCACCCAGCAGCACCUGACAACCUUUGGGCACAUUUCAAAACCUGUCCCAGUGAAUGGCCACUGCUUCGCCGAAAACUGUUUCCGGACUCCAUCUCAGAUGAAGUCUGCCUUGCCGCCUCUCAUUCUAUCCCCCAGUGAACACUUUGGAAAGAGUGAAGAGGACCAUGUUGUUUGUGGUGUUAAGAAACUCUCUGUGAAUGGGGUCUGUGCUGCUUCGAGGAGUCCCCCACUCACACCUGUAAAAAACGGGCCUUCUUUGUUUUCCUCGGUGACUCCUGGUGAGCGGGGUUCCAGGCCCCUACCACCCCUGCCUAUCUCGGAGGACUUUUCUCGAGAUGACACAGACUGCGAGGUGGAAUUUAUAACAAGUUCAGACACAGACUUCCUCUUAGAAGACUGUUCACUUUCUGUCUUUAAAUACGGGGUUCCAGGCAGACGAAGCUUCCGUGGGUGCGGGCAGAUCAAUUAUGCAUAUUUUGACACCCCAGCUGUAGAAGAUGGGAGGCCAACAUCUGACCAACGUGAAAACGUACAAAACUCAACUCCUGUCCUUCAGCAGUCCCACCGGAAACUACGAAGGUCCCACUCAGGACCAGCUGGGUCCUUUAACAAGCCAGCCUCAAGGCUGUCCAGCCACUUACAUCGAGCGUCUCCUAAUUCAGAUGAAGACAAACCAGAAGUCCCCCCCAGGGUUCCCAUACCUCCCAGGCCAGUGAAGCCAGACUACAGAAGGUGGUCAGCAGAAGUUACUUCUAGCACCUAUAGUGAUGAAGACAGGCCUCCCAAAGUGCCUCCGAGAGAACCUUUAUCACGGAGUAACUCCCGCACACCAAGUCCCAAAAGCCUUCCGACUUACCUCAAUGGGGUCAUGCCCCCCACUCAGAGCUUUGCCCCUGAUCCCAAAUACGUCAGCAGCAAAGCAUUGCAAAGACAGAACAGUGAAGGAUCUGCUAGCAAGGGUCCUUGUAUUCUGCCCAUCAUUGAAAAUGGAAAGAAAGUGAGUUCAACGCAUUAUUACCUACUACCUGAGAGGCCGCCGUAUCUGGACAAAUAUGAGAAAUUCUUUAGGGAAUCAGAAGAAACCAGUGCUGCGAGUGCCCCCGUUCAGCCGCCGUCCAGCGACUGCCGGACGGCUGCAGUGACCGAAAAGCUGGACUCCAAAGCUAAAGUGGACCUUGAGGGCCAGGGGAAGCGCAAGCAUCUAUCCUAUGUGGUUUCUCCCUAAACUCUGGGAAUAUCAUUCAGCAACAGCACAGAGCGGGCCAAAUGAGCUCUCUGUGGCAUCCUUAGUUGUGGUGAGGUCGCCGAAGGUCUCACGACAAAGUAAACAGCUGAAGAGAAAGCGGUAAAUCAACUGUAAGGUGUUGUUAUGAGUAUCCCUCAGUUUUCUUUUGGAGAAAAGUCUUUUCUAUUCAAGUCUAUAUAAUUUAAAGAUGUGAUGUUGGGGGGAGGGGAAACAUAUAUAUAUAUAUAUAUCUAUAUAUAUCUAUAUAGGAACUUGUGGUAUAACCAUAGUUACAGGUUAACCAGUUAGUUACCAUCUUAGAGUAAUAUAUAUAUAUAUUCAGAGUAAUAAAAAAAAAAUUCAAGCUGGAGAAAUGAGACUGUGCUGCCAGACUGAAAACUGAGCAAGCAAAAGGACAGUAUUGUUUCCUUCAGAACCACAGAAGGUUCUGUUUUAGUGGGAUUGGGGGCUUUUGAUUUCCUUCUUUUCUUUUCUUUUUUUUUUUUUUUUUUUUUGAGUUUGACUUUUUCACAAAAACCUGGGCCUACAUUAGCAAGGAGCACAGGCUGGGAUGUGCUAGCCCAUUUAAAAAAUCAUUGCAGAGUCUGAUUGGCUUCUUCUAAAAGCUCAUUUGGGAAACAUGAGGCCACCUUUAUAUAUCUGACACUUGGAAAAAAUGAAAAGAAAGCAAAGCGAGUAGGUAACAGUCACAUAGAAUGAGACUUUUUUUUUUUCCUUCAUGGUGCCUUCUAAGUUCUUUUUAUCCACUAAAACAGCACAUUACAAAAAAUUGCCAAUUUCUCUUCCCCUAGGCAGAAGGAUGCAUUAGCCUCUCCCUGAUGGAAAGGCACCAAGGUGUUGACACUGUCAAUUAAUAACCAAUAAUGAAACAGUGACUUAAGAUCUGGAAUCUCUUCUCAUUUAUGGGUAGGCGGGUUUUUGUUUUUGUUUUUUGUUUUUUAAACUUCAAACUGUAUUAAUAACCGGAAAUACAACACAAGCUGGCCUUGUGUUGCUGGUUUCUAUUCAGUAUUUUCUGGAGGUGGUUUUGCUUUUUUAAGUGACACACUUCCACUGACCAACAGCACAAAUCGUCUUAACACAAGAGGUCAUCUUGUCCUCUUUUCCAUCCUUGGCAGUAAAAUCCUGAGCAAAAGAUCUGAUUCACUGCUUCCAAGUCUGCCCCCGUUGCUUGUGUUCACCUUACUCCCAUGCUUUCAGUGUAUUUAUCCUCUCUGGAGAAGCACAGAAGGAAAGGUGCUCACGAUGUUGUCCUACCAGUAAAAACAAGCUGUUUACAGUUUAAACUGCUGAAUGAUAUUAUUUGAGCUAUUUAUAGCUUAUUAUAUUUUAGUACAGAUUAAAUGAAGGUGAAAACAUGAUAGAAAAUGCACUGAUUUCUGCAUCAUGUGUACAGUAUUGGACAAAGGACUUUAUUCAUUUGUUGCAUUAUUUUGAAUAAUAUGUCUUUUCAUUUUAAUAAAGUUAUAAUACUUAUUUAUGACACCA